GUAGGCUGCAUUGCAUAUACCUACAAACGAAGGAAUAUAUAUAUUCGGCAUCCUUCCACCCCAAGGCUGCCUCUCAAAAAGCUUGCCUUAUCACUUCAUUCCCGUCUCCAUAUCUCUCUCUCCAUCCUUCAGACGACGCUAUCAUACGUUGCUGUGUACAUCACCACAUUGUGAUAUAUUGCUCGCAUUCUCAUCCUGAACUUGCUUUCCUCUCACUCUUCUCCUCCUAACCCUCGCCAUCUAAUAUCUUCACCAUGUCUCAACAAUACUCAUACCACCAAGCUCCCGCAGCACCACACCGCCUGCCUGCCAACCACGGCACUAGCAGUGCCUUCUCUCCCUCCGCAAACCCCGACGAAGACUGGACCCAGAUCUCCGACCUGGCCGAGCGUCGCCGCAUCCAGAACCGCAUCGCCCAACGCAACUACCGCAAAAAGCUCAAGCGCCGCCUCGAAGACCUCGAACGCCGCGCCGGUUCCUCCUCCGCCUCCCCCCCACAAUCACACGCCGAGCUCAAGCCCUCAAAACCCACCACCACAAACAUGCACAAGACACCCUCCUCCUCGCGGAACCGCCCCACCAAGCUCUCACCGCGCGCCACAUACCAAAGCCCGCACCAAUACACCCCCCCGUUGCAACCGGCCGACGACCUCUUCCCCCUCGACCGCGCCGCCUCCCACACUCCCCCCCUCUUCAGCUACGCCCCCUACCCCGCCCCGGAAGAAACCUCCUUCUACCCCUCCUACGCUCGCACCCCCUACUCGACCACGGGAGGCUAUGAGUAUGCCGCACCGCCGCGCCCGGCAUACGAGCCGAAGCGGAAUGACGAGGAGCUGAACGCCUUCGGGAUGAGCUAUGCUGCUAUGGCGGGACUGGAUAUCCAGCACGCUUAUGACGACCCGCUUGUGAGUCCGCGUCUGCCUGAUCUGCGGCUCGGCGCUUGAGACUGACGACUACAUUCAGACGCCGCCGCUUGGAGAAGGGUUUGAGUUUGAGGUUGUGGGCGAGGAGGAGAACUACGCCUUGUUUGAGACGGGGAGGGGGAGCUGGUCGCCGGAGCCGUUGAUGUGAGACUUUCUCUGCUGAGAUGUUCGAGCGGACUUGCUGGCUGGCUGGUGGGUGUAACGCACUUUUAUGACGGACUGGAAUGGGAACUCGGUGCAUGGGAUUUUUUAUUGACCUCCGGAGCGGUGUUUGGUAGAUGGAAACGAGCGUGGGUUAUGCAGCGGCUGGUACUGGGAGCAUUUUGGGCAACAAACAAACUGUUGGGAUAGGGAUGGAAUACCCGCUCGGUGUUUCGGCGCCAAAAUUGCCUGCUUUGUUUUAUUUUAUUUAUGGAAUAUUCUGUCCUACUCUGUCUGCUGUUUGUGUUGUUUCGCGCGUGCUUUUUUGGGUGGUAUAUUGCUCCUUGAGGGAGGGGUGGGUAAGGGUGUGUUUAGAUUUAUGAGGGGAUGAAUUAGAAAGACUGAUGGCUACAUUAUAC